AAGAAAGAGAAAGAAGUAUCAACUCGGGGGUGGAGGCACUUAUCCGCACGUCCACCUCUCCUUCUCCCAUGGCUUCUUCUCCACCUUCCCUCCUCCUCCUCCUCUAAUCUCCACCCCGGAGCCAUGGCGAUUGGGGCGCUGCUCUCCUCUUCCACCAGAGCCGCCGCCUGCUUCGCCUCGCCGCUCUCCUCAUCCUCCUCCUCCAACAGAGGAGCAGGAGCAGCAGGAAAGCAACAGCAUGAGCCGACGACGACGAUGAUCAACUACACUACGUCCUCGCCACACACCAGGUGGCCGGUGUGCUCACAGCUCGUUGCCGGACACAGAAAUGGGGGAACCAUCCGGCAUGUCGCCAGCAUGAGCACCGGGAAACACCAGCCUCUGCUCAGCCCUUCUCCUACCAUGAGCCUCUGCAACAACAAUGCCAAUAACGCAGGCCUGGUGAAGAGGAGGCUCAUGUCCAGGGUCGACUGCUUCCUGUUGUCCCCCAACUCCAACCCAGUCACCAACGGAUGGCACAAGCCCAAGAACCUCACCGGUCUCGACACCACCUGCGUGCUGCGGCCCGAGUACAGAGCGCCGCUCAGGAAACGCCGAGACUGCAGGGCCGAGCAGUACGAGAUGGCCGGGUCGCCCUCCGACGUCCCCGCUGAGGCGGCCGUCCUGGUCGGAGACGCCAACGCAGGGGUUGUCUCUGCUCCUCCAUGGUGGCAGCAGUUCCCCAAGCGAUGGACCAUCGUCGUCCUCUGCUUCUUCUCAUUCCUCCUAUGCAACAUGGACCGUGUCAACAUGAGUAUCGCCAUCCUGCCCAUGUCGGCCGAGUUCAGCUGGAGCCCAGCAACCGUUGGCCUCAUCCAGUCUUCUUUCUUUUGGGGUUACCUUCUCACUCAGAUUCUUGGAGGCAUUUGGGCUGACCGGUUCGGUGGCAAGGUGGUGCUUGGGUUCGGGGUCGUAUGGUGGUCUAUUGCAACAAUUCUUACACCAUUUGCUGCCAAGCUUGGCCUUCCGUUCCUACUUGUCGUGCGUGCUUUCAUGGGGAUAGGCGAGGGUGUUGCCAUGCCGGCUAUGAACAACAUCCUUUCCAAGUGGAUCCCGGUUUCAGAGAGGAGCAGAUCUCUUGCAUUAGUGUACAGUGGAAUGUACCUGGGUUCAGUUACCGGCCUGGCCUUCUCACCUUUCCUGAUAAGCAAAUUCGGCUGGCCUUCUGUUUUCUAUGGAUUUGGGUCCCUGGGAAGCAUCUGGUUUGCAAUGUGGCAACUCAAAGCACGCAGCUCCCCGAGCGAAGAUCCGGAAGUAACCGAGGAUGAAAAGAGGCACAUCCUAGGUGGUAGUACUGUAAAGGAGCCUGUUAGCUCCAUACCAUGGAAGUUAAUCCUAUCCAAGCCUGCAGUAUGGGCUCUCAUAGUAUCCCAUUUUUGCCAUAACUGGGGAACAUUCAUUCUCCUAACGUGGAUGCCCACAUACUACAAUCAGGUUCUGAAGUUCAAUCUCACCGAGUCCGGGCUUCUGUGUGUCCUGCCGUGGCUGACAAUGGCUGUGUUUGCAAACAUUGGUGGCUGGAUAGCUGACACUCUCGUUGCGAAAGGGGUUUCGAUAACAAAUGUUCGCAAGAUCAUGCAAUCUAUCGGGUUCCUUGGACCGGCCUUGUUCUUGACACUGCUGAGCAAAGUCCGUACACCAGCCAUGGCCGUGCUGUGUAUGGCAUGCAGUCAGGGGAGUGAUGCUUUCUCCCAGUCUGGGCUGUACUCGAACCACCAGGAUAUAGGACCGCGCUACGCGGGGGUGCUUCUUGGGCUGUCGAACACCGCCGGCGUGCUUGCAGGAGUUUUUGGUACUGCUGCCACUGGCUACAUCCUUCAGAAAGGCUCCUGGGAUAGCGUGUUUCAGGUGGCUGUUCUGCUGUACAUAGUAGGGACAGUGGUGUGGAACCUCUUUUCGACCGGAGAGAGGAUCCUCGAAUAAGCCACGGACGGCCGCUAUAUGAAAAAGUAGCUGAUUUUGCUGAUGUCUGUCUUUUUUGGUGUACUCCUACAAGAAGUAAAUCUAUCUUCCAGAGCGAGAGAUACCCGUAAAAAAAAAACUCUCGUUUUUAGCAAGAGAUUUAGCUGCACAAUUGCAUUUGAUGUUUGGGCUAUGGAAGGAGUGAAGAUCACACUGAAGGGCUGCACUUGAUGGUUAAAUUUUUGCUGUGAAAGUCAAGAUGCUAGACUUGGAACCAAAGAAUUCUCUGAAGCUGAAAGCGGCUGCAGCACGAAGGGAAUUAAUGCCAGACCUUGCACCAAAUCCUAGCAUAGCACCUGUUUGUUGCUGGACAAGUCCAAGACUCCAAGCUAGCUACUUCCCUGAUUCAGCUUUUGCACCAACUAAAGUACUCCACAUGGUUUUCUAUUUCCCUGAUGAAACCGAUGUUUUAACCAUGUUUGCAGCUGCUGCCAAAUUCAUGUGGUACUUAUUACACAAGCAUUUUUGGGACAACAAUGUUCUUUUUUUAUUUUGCGAUAUUUGUUGCUAUUAUUAUUA